AUGAGUACAAGCUGCAUGAUAACGGAUGCAUACAAUAACCUUGUCCUGUCUCCAGAAAACCCCACUGCUGCCUUGGUGUUCUUGCAUGGCCUCGGAGAUACGGGCCACGGUUGGAGUGAUGCUAUGGAGGUUUUGUCUAAGAAACUGCCACAUGUAAAAUUCGUGUUGCCUACGGCUUCGUCAAUGCCAGUAACGCUUAAUAUGGGAAUGCAAAUGCCUGCAUGGUAUGAUAUCAAGUCUUUGGGUCGUGUGGAUGGAGGUAAUGCCGAUGGAAUUGACACCUCCCGUGAUCGCAUCAUGACUAUUAUUGAAAAAGAAGUGGCUGAAGGUAUUCCCUCGUCGCGUAUUGUGCUCGGAGGAUUCAGUCAAGGCGCGGCAUUGUCGAUGUUUUCGGGCUAUCAGACCAAGAUAGUGCUUGGUGGUAUCCUUGCAAUGUCGGGAUAUCUUCCGCGUUACGACUCGUUCCAACUCACCCCAGAUACGGCAAAUGUGCCGCUGCUCAUGUGCCACGGCGAGCAGGACCCGGUCGUGCGCUUUGAUUACGGCAAAAUGUCCAAGGUGAAGCUGGAAACGGCGGGCGUGAAGAAUGUGGAGUUCUACUCGUACCCGGACAUGGAGCAUAGUGCCUGCAUGGAAGAGCUGGACGAUGUUACCAAGUGGCUCCAGCGUGUGAUUCCCGAGACGCAAAAUUAG